AUGGUUGCAAAAACUGGACUCAGCUUCAUUGCCGCUUCUGCUCUCUUUGCCCGUUCUGCAUUGGCAGCGAACAAUGCUACCACAGUCUCUGCUACGGGAUGUGUCGAUACCUCGGGGAUGAAUACAUGUCUCAACAAUGCGGAAUCGAAAUUCACGUCUUGCAUGACUGCAGCUGGUGGUGAUGACGAGGUAUCCAUUGCUUGUCAAUGGACACAAUGGGUAGACCAGAUGCUGUGUUAUCAAAAAUCUUGCUGGAAUAAGAUUUACUCCUGCGAAUAUCAAUACCUUGUUUCUUCAUAUGUUACGCAGCAGACCGUUUCCGUCUCAAUUCCUUACUACCCGGCUCCUGAUAACGCACCAGGCGGUUGCUCAUGCAAUUUGGGAGAGGUCUUCAACAAUAUCACAGCUAAUACGAAUGCUGCGGCUAAUGGAUGCUCACAAUAUACGGGUUCCAUGUCCACUGCUCUUGAACAGUGUCAGUGUUGUGGUUGGAGCGCCGCUGUGUCAGCCUUCUAUGGAAUCUGUCCUGACACAUCCCCCAAUGAACUGGGACUCUCAUCAUUCGACAGCAAGGCCGCAAAUUUUGAACAAAUCACCGGCUCAUGCGCAGGACUAACCUCCCAAAUUUGUGGUCAAUAUGGCUUCGAGUCUGCAGAUAAUGGAACCUUCCUUGAUCCUACCAAUUUGCCUGCUGGAGGCACAAACCCCCUGUCCACGACUGCAGGGCCUUCAUCUCUUACAUCGCCACCGGCUGGUGAAACUAUUACGUGGACACUCGCUGGGCAGACUUUUGUUGUAACAGCUGCCCCGUAUAAUGGAAAGGAUGUUGCUGCUGGUGCUACCACUACUGGUACUGAUGCGUAUGCUACUACAACUGGAACUGGCACUCGUUCUGGUUCUGGUUCCGGCUCCGGGUCUGGAUCAGGCUCUGGAAGUAAUGGUUCUACAGGAGCCAAGACUACUGCUACAGGAACAGUACUACCUAGUCCCAUCAAGACCGGUGCUGCAACGAAGCUCCAGGGAGUCACCGAAGCCUGGGGUGUUGGGUUGCUAUCUCUGAUCGGCGUGGCAGCUGUGCUGUAA